AUGACCGCCGCAACGGCGCCGUCUCCCUCGCCCGCUCCAUCCUCAGCCCCACCACCACUCGCACACACACCACCCACGCGCCAGUCGUCCAACGAUGCCAUCCACGCAUCCACCGAUGCAUCCGCGACGCGUCGGCAUGAUCCAUCCACCUCGGCCUCGCCCGCCAUCGUGAACGCUGCCGCCGCCGUCGACUUCGCUUCCACCAAUCUCGGCACGCUGGCCAAGCCCAUCGACCUCGCCUCGCCACCAGGCUCUCCGACCAUCGCGCCCGCCACCGCCGCUGCAGUCGCGUCCCAAUCCACGCGUCCGCCAUCCCAGUCGUCGGUCUCGCUGCCACGCGCCACCAAUGCUGCUCAGCCAUCAUCGGCGACCGCACCCGCCAGUGUCACGCCAUUCGCAAACGUCAAUGCCACGCCCACGCGCGUCUUGCCACCAACGCCGCUAGGCAACGCACCCGACCGCGCAGCAGCCACGCCUUCCGCCACGCCCUCCGCCUCCGCGUCCAAGCAGAUCCAUCUGCCAUCGCCGUACAAGGCGCCGAGGCUAGCUCAGGCCGGCGCCUCCGAGUCGUUUGCCACCGCCUAUCCAACCCAGGAAACGCGCCAAAAGUAUGCUUCGCCCUCCAAGCCGCUACUCUCCGCCACGGGCAAUGGCGCCGCCACCCUGUCGCACAAGCGAUCCUGGCAGUCGCCCUUGUCGGUCGACCUUGCCAACAAGAAGCUUCGUCCGACUCCUGCACCCAGCUCCGCGCGAUCCACCUCGACGUCCGCUGCCUCCGCUGCAUCAGCCGCCACGUCGCCUGCCUCCUCGAACCCAGCCCUUUCGUCGAGCGCAUCCGCAAUCACCACGGCGCGUCCGCUCUCCACCCUCCCGGUCACCGCAAGAGCCACAAACACCGCUUCAGGCAUCACCGUCACCAAUAUACCCAAGCCAGGCAGCCCGCUCUCUCGUCAGGCCGGCGUCGGCCCGCUCAACCUCGUCCCCGCCGUCCCGGGCACACAGCUGCCCGCCUCGACGCGCGACGAGUAUCUCUCCUUGCUCCACAAGUCCGAGCUCAUCGACCUCGUCAAACAGCUCGAAAGGCAGCUCCACGACUUGAUCGUCGCGCCCAUCGGCUCGUCGGCGCUCUACCGCCAGGCGCGCAUCUACCCCAACCACAUCCACACCCAGAUCGACCGCCUCAAGGCGCGCCAGCGCAUCGAGUCGUCCAGGCCCACCUCCACCUCCGACCUCAGCCUCAAGGACGUCUACUCUCUCCUCAACUCGGGCACAUCCACCUCAUCCGCUGCAGCUUCCAUCUACGCGCGAACACGUGCGCCGCAGCCGCGUUCCGCCACUUCCACCCCUACCGCAGUCGCUCAAUCCACGCCCUCCGACGCUGCACAGAACGCUUCCCUCACCAACCUCAUCAACUCGAUCAACGCCAUGGUCCGCCAACAGGCCCAGCCAGCACGCGGGCCCAACGGCGCUCCCCUGCCGCCGGCGCUCUCGGGAGCCAGUGCUUCAGCUCUGCGCACCGGCGUCUCUGCCCCCGCCAAAGCACGUCAGCCAUCCAUCGCACCGCCGUCCUUGCCAGCGGCUGCGCUCCGCAGCAUCGUUGGCGACGGCCCUAUGCCGUCCAACGCUGCCCUAGCAGCGGCCAUUGCCGCCCACUUUGGCGGGAGUCUCCCUGGUAGUGCGGCUGCAACGACCCGUGCCACCCCUUCCCCCACACCCGCCUCAACACCUGCAAGGCGGAUUGGCGCGAGCGAAUCCAGAGGCGCCAUCGCGCGUACGCAGACGACGUCCAACGACCGCAACCCACCCGUCACCACAGCCUCGCCGACGCCUGCACCUGGCAAAGACAUCUCCGACAAGAUUGCUGCUAUCCUCGGCUCGUCGUCCUCGGCGCACACCACCAUGCUGGGCCCUCAGGGCUUGCCGCUCGCUCCUGCUGCGGCUGCUCCCGCCUCGGCCUCCACUCCAGCAGCCCUGCCGAUCGGCAACAUUGCCGCCAUGCUGUCGAGCCUCGCAGGCCAGGACAAGGAAUCGAAUCUAUCCGCCAGUACCAACAAUGCGCAGUCGACAAGCGGCAUGCCAGCAGCCGAAGGUCAAGGCGGCGCACUCGCCAGUCUCUUGCAGCAGCUCGAAGAGGCAAAGAAGCGGCUCUCGCCACAAGCAGGUCCGUCGCAGACAGCUGCGACGCCCGCAUCAUCGUCGUCUAGCGCUGCCGCUGCCCUCAGCGAUCCGAUCGCCAUCCUCACAGGCGCCAGCGCCAACCCAGUCUUUACGCCCACCUAUCCGGCUGGAACAGCUACGAGCCUCUCUCCCGGCAUGGCCAGCCAUCGAGACGCGUCUUGGUCGCCCGAGCCCGAGCCUGUCAUCGUCCAAGGACCACUGGGCACCAGCACGCUGCCCUCUUACGAAGACAUGAUCGUCGAAGGUCUGCGCAUCAUGGGCGAAGCACCGCCGCGCACACUGUUCAACUGGAUGCAGGUCACCUAUCCGCUCACCAAAAAGUUCCGUCCAUCGGCACAUCAGGCGUUGCAAAAGGCAUUCAAGCGAGGCAGGUUGCUCAAGACCGGAAGCAUGUAUCGCAUCAAUUCAUCGUGGUCGAGUCCCGGCGAAUCCAGAAAGCCGACGCGCCGGCCCCAGGUCGGCAGAGACCACCCCAUGGUCACGCCGGGCCUCAACGGCGAAGUGCUGGCCGUCAGCCCACUCAAGGACAGUCAGGCCUAUCGCAAUGUGGGCGACUCUGGCCUGCGACCGACCGGCAAAGGCGCGCGUGCGGGGCCGCGUCCGUAUGGACAACCGGGCGCAGCGCCGCUGGCGAACCCUGCGAGCAGCAUAUUCCAGAACGGCUCGGCGGCGUCGAUCAUCCUCGAGUACCAGAAACGAACGGCCAAGAAGCUGGACGCAGACUCGGUCAAGCAGCUCUACCAACUCAUCCGUUCUGGACCCAGCGAUGGCCCGGCCGAGGAGAUGCUCGCCUACCUCUUGACGCAGACGGGCUAUCACGAUGCUGCUGCUACCGCCACUGCGGCGGCGGCGGCGCAGUCAGCGGCCGCGACCAUGCCGCAAUACGUGCGACCGCAUGCGUCGAUGUCCGCCGUGGCAGCGAGCCCAGUCGCGCCCGGGAGGAUGGGCGUCGCAGGUGGCACGAAUGCCACGCAACGCCGUCUGCCGGUCGCCAAGGGACCCACGUCGCUACCGCUGCCGACGACGAGCGAGCCGACCAUGAUGCAGCAGCUGGCAAGCAUGCUCAACGACCUGAGCUCUCCCAUCAAUCCUGUGCUCGCCAAUUCGCUGCUCGGCCAGCUGAGCAGCAACGCCGCGGCUGCAGCCGCCGCACGCGCCGCCAACAUGCCCGCGAUGGGCGCGUCAGGCACGCUUCCCGCAGCGCCACCGCGCGCGACUGUGCCUACGUCCUCGGCAGCGACGUCAGCCUCGUCGCAGCUAGCAUCCGCGCUGUCAAGCUUGGCUGGCACUGCGUCACAGCAGGACUUGGACUCGGCGGUAUCACAAACGCUUGCGGCUGCGCUGCAGCAGAUCGAAAGUGCGCCGAACACUGCGAGCAAGCCGGCCGUUGCCGACGAGGCCGCUGCGCCUCAGCCUGCCGAGACGGAAGGUCAAGCGGCAGCGAGCGUGGCGGGAGAAGGCGACGAGGCGCGCGAGUUGGAGGAGGGCAUCGACCUGGCCGAGUACGAGGAUGCCAUCCGUGCACUCACGUCGGCGUUUGGAGGUGCGGACGAGGGCGACUCGGAGGAGUCCGACAACGAAGCGGACGAGCGUGCCAUCGCAGCAGCCGAGGCGGAGCCGGACUCGUUGCCAGAAGCGGGCGUCGAAGGUCACGCCGACGAGCCGAUGGCAGCGGAAGGAGGAAGCGCGAAGGCCUCGUCUACUGCUGCAGAUCCGCCCGCGAAGGGUCCCGAGGGGAUGGCCAACAGUGCAGGGGAACCGGCAGAAGAGGAAGACGAGGAGGAGGACGAAGAAGGAGACGCGGAGGAGAUGGAUCUGUCUGCAGUCCUUCAGCAGCUCACGGCCUCGCUGCAGGCGCAUCAGGAGAGCGAAGCGGAAGCUCAGGGCGGCGACGUGGGCCAAGGUCAAGACGAGGGCUCCGCUGCAGCAGCGGGAGCGGAAAGCGAUGCGGGCGUAGGAGAUCUGCCCGAUCGUUCGACGCAGCCGGAAGCCAUGGAGGUGGACCGAGACUCGGCGAGUGCGCGCGAGCAAGUCGACGAGGACGGAGCCCCGGACGGGGCUCAGGCUGUUCGAGAUGCGGCCGAGGAGCAAGUAGAGGGAGGCGACUCGGACGAUCGCGACGCGGCGUCGUUGCAAGCGCAGUUGGAGGCGCUUGUUGCGAGUCUCGCUGCCAACGCCGGCAAUGCUGAUGACGACGAUGAAGAGGACGAGGACGAGGAGGAGCUGGAUGAGCAGGGACAAUAG